CGGCAGCCACAGUGAGUGCCAGCAGCUGGCCAUCAUCUGCCGUCAGAAUGGUUGCCAACAUCAACCAUCAACAACGGCUCGAUCUUUCUCUGAGAUUUCAGUGAAGCCAUUUUCUGAAUCAGAGCGCAAAACUACUAAAAGAAGAGGUGGCAAAGACUACCACAGUGCGAGCACACGUCCUGCUAUCGUAUACCCAAUAGAAGUGCUAGCUAGCUAGUGAGUCGUCGGCAGGAAGCAAACUUGGUCUCCAUCCUAUACUUUCCCCAUACUUUCCCAUACCCUACAUCAAACCACAAGUGAACCCAACCAGAUUUCCCCAUCAUGACCGCAACAACGACACCGGCUACUGCUGAAACCAGUGCAACAAUGGCCACCAAUUCAGCCGAGAAGUCGGUAGUGGACAAGGACAAGAUGAUUUUCACGCUCUCAGCAGAUCAAAGGAAGGCAUUGUUGUCGAAUGACUCGAGCGAAUUCGAGGCGGCUUUUGACAAGAUAAUGUCAGAAAUACGAGCGACAUUUGACGCAGAAGGUUUUGUCCUGAUUCGUGGACUUUUAGAGGAGGAACCUUUGGAACGCCUCUGUGAAGAUGGACAAAAGGUGGCGGACUUGGUCAAACUAGGCAGUACCUUUACCUCUCUGAAAUUUGGACCGAUCUUUUCGUUUCCUGAUGCAAGCGAGAAAGACGUUGUCUGCGGUCAGGCGUUUCGUGAUGUUGCAAUGAGAUCCACCAUUCCAGCCUUUAUUGCCCGGGUCCUUUUCUACAAUCAACAGGGUGACGACAAUAAUAAGGAUGCUUCGUUGCGCCUCUUGAAGGAUUGCUUCCUCGCAAAAGGCAAGGAGCAAAGAUUCUGUGGAUGGCACGUUGAUGACAGUGGAUUCUGGCCCACGGACAGUCAAUCGAAUGGUGUCAAUGUUUGGAUUUCCAUGGACUCCAUGCCAGCCAAGUAUGGAGGUGGAUUGGCUAUAUCGCCGAAAUCUCACACAGCCGAAUGGCGUCAACACGCCUAUGAGACUAUUGGCAGUACCAAAAUCUUCCCCCCUGAGGGUGUCGAUGUGGACGGGCCCAUGUUCAAGCAAGUAUUCGGUAAGACAUGUUCCAUGUCCACCUUGGAUCCAGAACUCAAUGAACGCAUCGAGUCCUCCAAAAUUGAAUACGACUACCAAAAAGGAGAUUGCCUUUUCUGCACUCGAUGGCUCUUUCAUCGCUCGGUCCAAAUCAACGAAGAAGGCUUGAAACACUACGACAACCAGGAAUGUGCCCUCAAACGUUACACUGUUAGAUACGAACGCGGAUCGGCAAAGCUUGUGAGAGGCUUGUCGGUAGAAACAGCUGUUUUGGCGGACAAGGAAAAUUCUGGCAAAACGUUGGAUGAUGUUUGUAAAGCCAGUGGACCCUUCUAUCCGCAAUGCUGGCCAAUGCUGACAGACCCACAAGAGCAAGAGGCCAAAAUGAAAUCCUUGGCCACUGGUGCCUUCCCCGCAGUGGAGGUCAAACGACAAGACAUCAUGAAAGAUAUGCAGGCAAGGAUGGCCCAACAAGCCAAGGAAGAGGAGAACAAGUCCUCCGGUGGAUACUAGGCUAGCUAGCUAGUCGCGGCCGUUUAUAUUUAUCUGAUCGAGUGGAACAAAUCCGUCUUUGGAGGAAGUAAUGAUCAACCAAAACGUCGAGCUAUUUGAGCAUGUAAGUAUUCCCAGGACGUUUAUGACAAAAUCGGGGUUCCACAAACAAACAGAGACAAUACACUUGCUAGAUCACCAAUAAAAGAUUUUAAUAAAAAUACAUUAAUU